GCGCGCGGGGAUGGGAACAAAGAAUUGCAGCCCCCCCGAUAUCGGACUGGGAACGUGGACCCCUCCCCCUCAACACACACUCAAACGAGCCUUCAGUGGCACUGCGUUCAACAAGUGAAACUUUUGCCAUCUCCUUCCCAUGCUCAUGCUGGGAAAGGGCUUCGCUGUUGGAGUUCGGUGUGUUAGAAACAAAGAUGGCAACCCUCUCCCAAACUUGCGUUAACGGCGAGCACACGCAGGGCCCGAUUCCUGAAUGAAAAACUGAGCUGCCUCUUAUUUCUCCUUCUGCUUUUACUAGCUAUAUGACAGUCUACGAUGGCGAAGGUCCCAUGGUGUAUGGAAUAUGUUACUGUCCUGUGGCCCGGCAGCGGGAUCUGGAGACACUGAAAGUAGCAGACUCCAAGACACUGACAGAGGCUCAACGGGAGCAACUCUUUGAGCAACUGAAUGAAGCCAAUGAUUUUGUAGGCUGGGCCCUGCAUAUCUUGUCCCCCAACUUCAUCUCAACUAGUAUGCAGCAGCGAGCAAAGUACAACUUGAAUGCGCUUUCACAUGACACAGCCAUUGGCCUGAUCCAGCAUGCCCUGGACUCGGGGGUACAGGUUGCAGAGGUUUUUGUGGAUACAGUGGGGCCAGCAGAGAAAUAUCAAGAAAAGCUAAAACUCCAGUUUCCGGGUCUGGAGGUCACGGUGAGGGCCAAGGCGGACUCCCUCUUCCCCAUUGUCAGUGCAGCCAGCAUCUGUGCCAAGGUGGCAAGGGACAGGGCUGUAAAAAACUGGAAAUUCUUGGAGGAUCUGGAAGAUGCUUCAUCAGAUUAUGGCUCUGGCUAUCCCAAUGAUCCCAAGACUAAAGAGUGGCUUGCGCAGACUCUGGACCCUGUCUUUGGUUACCCACAGUUUGUACGAUUCAGCUGGAGUACCGCUCAGACCAUCCUGGAGAGCAAGGCUGCACCUGUUCGCUGGGAUGAUAGUGAAGAUGACUCAUCCCAGAAAAGUGCACAGUCCCUGCUAUGCUUCUUUGCUCGGAAAGAUGCUCCCGCAGAGCGCCCUCUCCAUCGCUACUUUCAUGAACGCAAGCUAGAGGCCGUGACUAGCCUGUAGGGGAUAGCAUACCCUACCCUUUUAGUGGGAUCUGCUGUGUACAUGCAAAGUACUAUUAUUGUGAAAUGUGAUUUAGUUGGCUUCAUAAGAAACUUUUGCAUUCUUUUUUUUAAACAGAAAGAGCAGCAACAUGUGAGCACAAGGGUCAGCAACAAGGUGUAGAAUCUUUCUCAUGCUAUGUGUGUUACUUAAUAAAUUUUUAUGCUUGUUUUUAG